AUGGCGAUUCUGAAGAGAGAUAUGGUAUUGGCUCAUCGAGAGGAGGAGAGUCAUUGGUCUCAGAAAUCAAGGGAUAAAUGGCUUCAUUCGGGAGAUAAGAAUACCAAAUAUUUUCACAGCUCUGUCAAAUCAGAUAGGAAUAAGAACGCACUGGUGAAACUUAUUGAUGAAGAUGGGGUGACACAUAGAUUAGAGGCCUCUAAAGGAGAUGUCGCUGCUUCCUAUUUUCAGAAUUUGUUCUCAUCUUCAUAUCCAUCUGAGGAGGACCACCAAUUUUUCCAAGAUAUGGCUCCAAGAGUAAAUGAUGAGAUGAAUGAUUCUCUAAUUGCUGAGGUCUCUGAAGAGGAAGUCAGGCUUGCAGUCUUUGAUAUCAGUCCCUCCAGGGCUAUGGGAGCUGAUGGAAUGACCAGAUCACAAAGGAGGUUCUCAACUUUUUCAAGGAUCGAUUUUGAUAAAGAAUGGAACUACACCCAAUUGUGUCUAAUUCCUAAGAUGGUAAAUGCCUCUUUUAUGUCAGAAAUGAGACCGAUCAGCCUCUGCUCAGUGAUGUACAAGAUCAUUUCGAAAAUCAUGGUGGCCAGACUCAAGCCCUUGCUCACUGAUAUAGUCUCCCCGAAUCAAUCUGCCUUCGUUCCGGAGAGACUGAUAUAUGAUAACAUCAUCAUUGCGCAUGAGAUCGUUGAUAGUCUGAGGACACAAGGUUCUACCUCGAAAUAUUUUAUGGCUCUCAUGACGGACAUGUCCAAAGACUUCAAUCGAGUGGAAUGGAGUUAUCUACAAGCUUUGUUGCUUCAAUGUGAAGCCCUCCAAAAUAUUUUGGAUUUUUAUGGAAGAGCAACAGGACAAACUAUAAACCUCGACAAGUCUUCCAUAAAUUUUGGAGCAAAAGUUGACGAAAGGGUGAAAGAACACAUCAAGAUCAAGAUGAAAAUCACCAAUGAAGGAGGAGCGGGUUCUUAUUUAGGCCUUCCAGAGUGUUUUAGCGGCUCCAAAGCAGAUAUGCUGGAAUAUAUCCAUGAAAGAAUGAAGAAUAGAUUUUCAGGAUGGUUUGCUAGAACACUCUCCCAAGGAGGAAAAGAAAUUCUCAUCAAAACGGUUGCAAUGGCAAUGCCAAUAUUCGUAAUGUCCUGCUUUAAACUGCCAAAAUCUACUUAUACUACACUUUCAAGUGCAAUGUAUGAGUUCUGGUGGAGCAAUAUGGAGAAUCAUAAGAAAAUUAAUUGGAUCUCUUGGAAUAAGCUGUGUCUAACAAAAGAUCAGGGAGGUCUCGGCUUUAAAGAUAUAGAAGUGUUCAAUCAAGCCCUGUUGGCCAAACAAGCUUGGAGAUUGCUACACUAUCCAAACAGCUUCUUCUCUCUUUAUUUGAAGAGUAGAUACUUUCCUGAUCAUCAAUUUCUUGAUGCGUCUCUUGGAGCCAGGCCUUCAUAUGCUUGGAGAAGUAUCUUAUAUGGUCGAGAUCUUCUGGUCAAAGGUUUGAGACUAUGUAUUGGAGAUGGUUCGUCCACUAGAGUUUGGACAGGACAGUGGCUUCUGGAUGGGAGAAUGUGA